CGAAUGAAACACAUUUAAAAAAAUUUCCCAUACUGAUGGAAUAUUCAAUUCUUGAUGAAAAAUAUUUUUUAUUUACAGUUAUAUAUUUAUAUGUAUCAUUGUUGUUAAUAAUAACUAUAUUUGUAGCAACGGAAUCAUUAAUGAUUUUGUGGCUACAACAUGCUGCCAGCUUAUGUGAGAUUAUAAGUUUCUUUAUACAAAAUGCUACUCUAAAGAGUUCUAAAGAUCAUUUUGAUAAUAAUAUAAAAAGGUAUAUAAUAAAAGCUGUAAUUAUACAUAGAAGAGUGAUACAAUUUUUACAAGAUAUUCGUGAUUAUAAUGCAAUAACGUAUUGCGUUCUCCUUAUACUCGCUAUCACAUCCUUGGGCAUUAAUUUCUUUCGUUUAUCACAAUCCAUUCUUGUGCUAACUAAAAUCGAAGAAACAAUUAUCAGUCUUAUGUGUAUUAUUUGCGAAUUGUCAUAUAUGUAUUACAUGAACUAUAUAUGUCAGCUAGUAUUGGAUUGUUUUAAUAAUCUUAACAUAACUAUAUUUCACACGAAUUGGUAUAAAAUGUCUGUUCCCAUCCAAAAAUUGAUUUUAAACAUUAUGUUAAAUUGCAACAAACCACUGUUACUUACUUUCCUCAGUGUUUAUUGUCCAACAAUGGAAGGUUUUGCAUCGGUAUCUUCACCAUUAUUUUAUAAUCAAUAUUUUUUAUUGUCUUAAUAAUAUAUAUUUUAUCGACACUUAUCUUUUAGUUAUUAAAAAUGUCAUUAUCUUAUUUCAUGAUGAUAUCAUCUA